CCGACAACAACCACACCAUGGAAAUCAACCACUACUUUGCCAACACCACGGAUGUCAACUACCACUUUUCCGACAACAACCACACCAUGGAAGUCAACACCAUGGAUGUCAACUACCACUUUGCCAUCAGCAAACACACCAUGGAAGUUUUCAACUGCAGCCACAACCGUUAUGCUAAAAACGAUUCCCUCAGCUAUCACCUCUGCAACAACAACAAUACCAAUAUCAACCAUUACAGCACAAACAACUAAAUCAACAUCGACAACUACAUCAACAACAACCAAAUCAACAUCACUAACUUCACUAACGACACCAACUAAGGCGCCAAUGAUAACUACUACACGAAUAAAAGCCCCAGCACCCACAAUAAAAGUUGACAGCGCAUCUACAGCCUAUCGGAUAUCCCCUGCUCCCAUGACAUUCGUUGAAGCUUUCGCAUCUACAAUUGUGUUCCCAAAUCAGCAACUCAGAAAAUGCGCAUCUAGGACUUUCUUAUUGGGAAUAUCAAAGUGUUGCUCUAAGCGUGCUAGAUCUUUAGUGUCUUACACAUUUGAGAAAACGUGCAACGUGAAGCAAGGGACUCUGAACGCGUUCAACGUCUUCUCUCUGAAAAAGCAGCAGAAUGUCUUUAACACCGCGCCGAACUUGAUCCUCUUCCAAAGUUCCAAUAUCCAGAAGGAUUUCGUAAAGAAUGCUUGCUUCGUCAAUUGUUACUUGAUUUCAAAAGGAGUGAUGUCACCAGAGUACGUAAUCGAUCAGGCCAAGCUCACAAAUUUUCUGGCAGCAUCUCAAACCGAUGCUACGUGGAAAUCAUCGAUUUCUUCAGCGGUAUCGAGUUGUAUAUCAACAGUUGAAAGUUUGAAACUUCCAAACUUCGUGACUUCCAAAUCAUCCACGUGCCCUGGAAAGGCCUUUCUCACCGUGCAAUGUGUUCUCCUCGAAUUAAUCAACCGAUGCCCAAACAAAGUGGUGAGCAGGAAAUGCGAUAAAAAGUAUACCUUGUUCAGCAACUGUUAUGGAAAUAUUUUGUCUCGGAAUGCACAAGAAGGCGGCAAAAAACAAAAAAAUGUGAAGAACGUUGAAAAGGUGCAGAAAAACCAGGAUAAAGUCAAUGAGAAAAAUCUGCCAAAUGACGAGAACAACAAAAAAGGGAAGAAGAAUUAUAAUAAAAAGGGAAAAGGGGAACGGCUCAGUAAGAAAAAAAAGGGGUUGCGUAGGCAAAAAGGAGGUGAACAGAUUGGAGGGGGAAAAGUGGAAAAGAAAGAGGAGCCUAAAAAUGUGAAGAAUGAUAAGUUUAAGAAGAAAAGGAAAAUUAAUAAAGGUGAAAUGGUUUUGAUACAGGACCCAAAUGAGCAAUUAUAGAAUGAGCACCAGCCAAUAAGCCCUUGAGCUUGGCUGGACUUGUAUCAUGAAAUACAUUAACAAUAAAUUUCUUUUUCAUAAAAAAAAGAAACUUAUACCAAAUUAAUAAAUUCUCUAAAUUUGUUAUUAUAAUUUAAUUUUUUAUUUUUAAAUUCUUUAAAGUUUUAUAUAAGCGGAGUAUUGAAUAAUAUUCAUUUUUUAUUACUGUAAUUAUUAUUACAAAAAUAUUUAUUGAAAUUAUUGUUAACAUUAAAUUUUAUUUAUUAAAUUUUAAAUAAUAAUCAUAUUAUAACUGUUAUAAUAUUAAUAAAUAAUUUGCAUAAUAUGUAUUUAUAUAAAACCAAAGCUCACUGCGGCGGAUGGGGUCUUUUUUAGCAAAAUUCUUGCUAGUGGUGGUGCCGUUUUGUCCAACAAUUUCUUUUUCUCAAAUAAUUGUUUUCAACAAUUUGUAUGUGACAAUGUGAUGUAACAAUUUGGACAAAUAAACAACA